UUUGCUUAUACUUUGUCAGCUGUACUUCAACCUCUGGUACAAAGGGUCAGUGUUUCUACUGCUGGGUGUUUGUUAGAAAAGUCGGAUAUUUAGCAAUAACACUAUAUUAUCAACAUGACUAACAUAGCUGCUAAACUCGAGUUUAAUUCAAGGCGAUCACCCAUAGUCUGCACUGGAGGGUGUGUAGCUUCCAGCCAACCACUUGCAACAAACAUCGGAUUAGAUGUUUUGAAGAGAGGUGGUAAUGCUGCUGAUGCUGCGGUCGCUGUUGCCACUGCCCUUAAUGUCACUGAACCGUGCAGCACUGGAAUUGGAGGUGACUGCUUCUGUCUCUAUUUUAAUGCAGAAGACAAAAAGAUAUAUGGACUCAAUGGAAGUGGCAUGUGUCCAAGGGCAUUGAGCAUUGAACUGCUAAAAGAACAGGGUUUUGAUGAGGAAAGCCCUCUCCCCCCUACCCACGCUCACAACGUCACUGUGCCUGGGGCUGCAGCAGCCUGGGUUGACACAGUUUCUCUGUUUGGAAGCAAAAAGUUAACACUAGGAGACAUUUUACAGCCUGCCAUCAGAUUGGCUGAAGAUGGCUUCCCUGUGUCUGAAGUGUCUGCUUACUUAUGGAAUUCAACUGUAUCUGUUCUCCAAGACCCACGUAAUAAGCAUGGAACAGAGCUGCUCGUCAACGGGCAGGCCCCACAACAUGGUCAGAUUUUUAAAAACCCAUUUUUGGCAAACACAUUUAAGACACUGUCUGAAUAUGGUAAGCAAGGAUUUUACCAAGGCUGGGUUGCAGAGGCCAUAAUAAAAGUUUUGAAAAGUAAUGGUGGUGUUAUGGAACUGGAAGACUUGGCAAGUCAUGUGACUGAGGAAGUACAACCUAUAUAUACAACAUAUAAGGAUAUAAAUGUCUGGGAGUUGCCACCAAAUGGACAAGGAAUUACUGUACUAAUGGCACUGAAUUUGCUUGAACAAUUUUCUGUGCAAGAUAUGGGGCACAAUAGUGCUGAUUACAUCCACGUCUUAACUGAAGCGCUGAAAUUAUGCGUCUCUGAUUGUCAGUGGUAUUGCACAGAUCCUCGGGUUACUCCUGUGCCAACUGCAGAAUUGCUUAGUAAAUUUUACUCUGAAAGGCAAACCAGCCUUAUAGAUCUUCACAGAGCAUCAACGCCUAGAGAUCACGGGAAUCCAUUUGAAACAGGAAGGGAUACAGUUUAUUUCACCGUGGUGGAUUCUCAAGGAAAUGCUUGCUCUUUUAUUAACAGUGUUUACAUGAAUUUUGGUACGGGACUAGUGCCGGAGAACUGUGGAUUUACCUUGCAGAACCGAGGAAACAAUUUCUCCCUAUCUCCAAGUCAUCCAAACUGUUUGGCACCUGGAAAACGUCCCUUUCACACGAUCAUACCUGCAAUGGCCACGGCUACCACUACCCAGGACUUGCUAUGUUCUUUUGGUGUAAUGGGAGGCUUCAUGCAACCUCAAGGUCAUAUUCAGGUUCUAUUUAACAUGGCAGAAUAUAGGAUGAAUCCUCAACAAGCUGUUGAUGCCCCUCGUUUUUAUGUGGAAUACUCCAAAAAAGAUCGUAAAUGGCAGUUGUUCCUUGAGGAUGGCAUUUUGAAGGACGUGGCAGAAGAGUUACAAGCAAGGGGCCAUGAAGUCCACUGGCCAGUAUGUGGCCAUGACCGGAAGCUGUUUGGACGUGGACAGAUUAUCUGUCAGGGAGAUUGGUGGCAAUCACAGAAGCACCCUAGUAAAGAGAGAGUUGUAUGGUGGGCUGGCUCAGAUCCCAGAGGCGAUGGCUGUGCAAUGGGAUAUUGUACCAUGUAGAUGCUACAAUAUUACAUGAUGCAAACAUGUAUCUCUGCCCUUCACC